AUGAAUGGCUAUCGAAUGGAUGGGUUUAGUGGCUAUAGUGUCAAAUAUUCACCCUUUUUUGAUAACAAAUUAGCUGUAGCGUCUGGAGCAAAUUUUGGAUUGGUUGGAAAUGGUAAGUUAUAUAUUCUAGAUAUUAACGAUCAAGGAAUAUUACAAGAAUCUAAUUCAUUUAUUACACAAGAUUGUUUAUUUGAUACAGCUUGGAAUGAACUACAUGAAAAUCAAGUAGUAGUGGCGCAAGGUGAUGGAUCAUUACGCUUAUUCGAUAUAACUCAGAAGGAUUAUCCUAUUGCUAUCUUUAAAGAACACCAGAGAGAAGUAUUAAGUUGUAAUUGGAAUUUAGUGAGUAAAAAUACAUUUACUAGUAGUUCGUGGGAUGGCAGUGUAAAAAUAUGGUCUCCUGUAAGGACAAAUAGUUUAUCGACAUUAAUACCGAAUCCAAUGAAAGUAAUUGAAUAUGUUGAUCGUGUAGAUAUACCGUUAUCAAAUCAAAAUACUCAUUCUGAUGUGAUUCAAAAUAAAAACUGUAUAUAUCAAUCAAUAUUCUCACCUCAUGAUCCUAAUUUAAUACUUACCUGUGCAGGAAAUUCUUAUAUUACAUUAUUUGAUAUGAGACAACCUACAACUGCAAAUAAUCAACAAAAUUUUCUAUCACAUGGUGGUUUAGAGACAUUAACUUGUGAUUUCAACAAAUAUAGACCAAAUAUUAUUGCAUCUGGUGGUGUUGAUAAUGCGAUCCGUAUCUGGGAUUUGAGAAUGAUACAGACUACUAGAGGUAACUUAUCAGCAACAACUACUACUAGACCUAAAUGUGUUAAUGAAAUCGUAAGAGCACAUGAACUAGCGAUAAGAAAAGUUGUAUGGUCUCCUCAUGAUCCGACACUAUUACUUUCUGCAUCCUACGAUAUGACCUGCUCUAUAUGGAAAGACUUAAGCUUUAAUGGCAAAAGCCCAACAAAUAGAACAAAUAAUACUCACAUAGGCAAGGGAUGUAUCGCUAAAUUUGGAGGUCAUUCUGAGUUCGUAUUUGGUGUUGACUGGAGUAUGUGGGGUAAACCAGGCUACGUAGCCUCGACAGCAUGGGACGGUAAUGUAUAUAUAUGGAAGGGCUACUAA